CAAAAAUUCCCUCCAACCUAGUGGAGGACUAGUCUCCUAGCAAAACUCUCUCAUUGUUCCUUCAUGCACCAACCACUCUCUCCAUCGUUGCUCCUCUCUUCUCUCUGAACUGUACGCACUGUACUUGCUUCGCCAUUCCUCUCUCCGAUUCGCUCCCGAGAGAUGGCAAUGCAAACAGAAGAUUCUUCCCCUGGCCCCAGUGCUGAAGUGGUCGGGAAUGUGUUUGUGGAACAGUAUUACCUCGUUCUUUAUCAAUCCCCAGAACUGGUUUACAGAUUUUAUCAUGAUUCUAGUGUGCUAAGCCGACCUGGGCCUGAUGGUGUAAUGACAACAGUGACAACCUCAGAAGGAAUUAAUGACAUGAUCCUCUCCUUUGACUACAAGGGCCAUAAGGCAGAGAUAUUGACUGCAGAUGCUCAGUUUUCCUACAAGGAUGGGGUGGUUGUUUUGGUAACCGGUUGUUUGACUGGGAAGGACAAUGUGAGAAGGAAAUUCACUCAGUCAUUCUUUCUAGCUCCACAAGAUAAUGGCUACUUUGUCUUAAAUGAUGUUUUUAGAUACAUGGAUGAAAGAGAAUCGCUCAUGGUUGAAACCAUUGCAGUUAAUGAUGUAAAUGAAAAUUCUCCAGUAGCGCCUUUGACUCCAGAGCCAGAAAGCACUCAUGUUCUUGAUCACCCUAAGUCGAAUAACACUAGUCCCGUGGAAGAAGAUGCUGCCGAUGAUGAAGAAGUAUGUGAUCUAACAGAAAAUGAAGGGGUACCAGUUUCUGAAGAAAAGGUUGUUUGUGAAAUCCCAGUUGAUCCAAGUAAAGAUGUUCACCCAGUCUCUGAGACAGUUUCUGCUGUCAUUAAUGAGGAUGCACCAAAGAAGUCUUAUGCUUCCAUAGUGAAGGUGAUGAAGGGGGAGAUGGCUACAAGUUCAGUUCAUGUACCUCCUGGUGCUGUAAGAGCUGCUAAAAGUAAUGCAAAGGUUUCACCUGCAAACAUUGAGCGACAUGUAAGCACAUCUGCAGCACCCCGAGCACAAGUUCAUAGUAGCAACAGUGCCCCCAGUGGCAACAGUGCCCCCAGUGGUAACAAUGCUCCCAGUAGCAACAGUACCCCCACUAAUAAUGGUGCCCCUAGAAGCAACAUUUCUCCAGAAAGUGGCCAGGAUCAUCCUGAAGUUGGUGGCCAUUCCAUAUACAUCGGGAAUCUGCCUUUGAAUGCGACUGUUCAACAAGUUGAAGGGGUGUUUAAGAAAUUUGGGCCCAUCAUAAGUGGUGGUAUCCAAAUUAGAAGUUACAAAGGCUAUGGUUUUGGUUUUGUUGAGUUUGAAUCCUUGGAUUCCAUGCAUAGUGCAAUAAAGGCUUCUCCUAUUACAAUUGGCGGUCACCAGGCUACUAUUGAGCAGAAGAAGACUACCCUUCGAGUUGGCAAUGACAGGGGGAGGCCCUCAUCAGGAAGAGGUGGAUACCGAAACGAUAACUUCAGGGGCCGUGGGAACUUUGGUGGACGCGGCUAUGGCAGGAACGAGUUUGGCUACCGGGGCGAGUUCUAUGGACGAGGUCGGGCCCCUAAUGGACGCAAUAGCGACCCCUACCAGAGGGAUUAUCAGAACAGGGGUGGAAGAGUUUAACACUCAAAAUGGAUUUAACUAGAGUGAGGGAAAGCUACUUUUGUAGUCAGCUGGUGGCACCUGAGGAUUUUGACAUUAACAUGUCAUUUGAGAUGAAGGCGUGUUCUUUCCUUAUACCGGAAGUAGGGGAGUAUAUUAAAACUGUUUUCUGUAAUUAGACAUUUUCUCCAUGUCAUGCUAAACGUCACUGGUCCUAGUACCGCGAGUGUGGGAGGACCCAAGUUGUGGAAAUCUGAACUCAGGCUGGGCUUUAUAUUGAAGAGACUGGAGUGGGCCUGGGUUCAGCUUUUUGCAUCCAAGUGUUCAGUUCCCAGCACUUAUCUGCACAUUGCUUGCGGGGAUAUUGCUUAAACCACGGACAUCCUAGCUGCUUUUUUAACUCUAAAACACGCAAUCGACCUCAUUAUAAUCCACUAGGGGAAGUAUCUCAAUCUCAA